AUGAUCCGACCAUACAAGGUCCCUCAGCACCACCACCACGAGAUCGAUGCUCGCGAACCCCAGCAUUCGUCUUCCCUCUUCCACGGACUCACUUUGCCUAGCAUUCUGAAGCGCCGCUGGCUUUUCAAAUCCGAUGAUUCCAAUUCCCUCGAACACUCCCCCCUGCUCCUCCCUCCACCGUCCUUCGCAAAGAAAUAUGGCAGCUGUCAGAAGAUCCUUCACUAUGGCAUCAAGAGCUGCGUACGGCUUUACGCACGCCCUGCCACUCCCUCAUGUCAAUCUCCUACGCUCAAAAAUCACCCGCAAGUCCUCCAACUUCACGUCGUGAAGAUCUUCCGUCCUUCAUCCAAUCCCUCGAUCGUCGCAGCCCAGCGAUUCGAACAGGCCCUCUCUUCGGCAAUCUCUCAUCCGAAUGUCUGUCUCACGCGCGAUGUUCUGCUCAACGAGCGCGGCGAGAUGUGCCAGGUUAUGGAAUACUGCGCCGGUGGAGACCUCAGCAUGCUCAUCGCGACGUCGCCGCGUCGGAGUCUGGACGUCUGCGCCGCGAACUGUUUCUUCAAGCAGAUCAUCCGGGCGGUGGCAUUCUUGCAUGAGAAGGGCAUUGCACAUUGCGAACUGAAACCGGAAAAUGUACUGUUGACGCCGAAUGGGGCGGUUAAACUGGCGGAUUUUGGAAGCGCACAGUGGGUGGGGGCAAAGGCGGCGAUUGGUAGCAAAGAGGAUGAGGUGGAAGGAGACAAUGAUGAAGAUGAAGAGACGGACAGAAUACUAGUCCCCUCUCGCUCUCGAUCACUGUCUUGGUCUUUGUUUCUUCCUCGAGCUGCCCAGCGGCCGUACUACUCGCCGCCGCGAAAAGUGUGCGGCUCGAUCGCCUAUCUUCCGCCAGAGGAAUUCCGUCCCCAGAGCGACAUGCCGGAUCGUCGAGUCGGCGAUUUAUGGGCCGCCGGGUUGACGUACAUGGCUAUGAGAUGUGGUCGCUUACUCUGGCGAAUGGCUUGCGAGGAUGAAGACGGUGGGUAUCGAGCGUAUCUGCAUGGUCGUCAACAGGCUGAGGGAUACUUCCCCAUCGAGGAGUUGGGAGACGUACGCUGUCGGAAUGUGGUCUAUGCGAUGCUACAUCCUGAUCCCAGUCGGAGGAUUAGGGCUGCCGAUGUGCUUCGGUCUGAGUGGUUGCACAAUGUGAGAAUUUGCGAAGCGGGAGAAAUGGGAUUGUAG